UGUUGUGUUAGCAAGAUAAUCUUCCAUCCCCCUUUUUUCAAUCACUUUAUGGAAGUUUGAUUUUUUUAAAAAACGUAUGAAAUCACACUGCAAAAUCGGUCGUUAAAUGUGAAUACGGUUCCACCGCAGCUGAACUGAGCAGGUCCUGCUGGCUAACACACUCUUCAGCUAACAUUAAACAGAGCAGCUUGGGGGAGUUCCUACACUUAUUUUGUGUGAAUUUUGCACAGAAUUUCACUGUAAUUACAAACGAUAAGGGAUGUUCAACGCAGUGAGACGAUGACUGCAAACAAAGUUAACGUUUGAUAGUUUUCAUGUAGCUACUAGUAAUACGAAAAAACGUAUCACGUCUAGGAAAUCUGAUGCGCAUGCGCAGUUUGUCUAGCGGCGACUUGCCAUACAUGGCUUAAUUCUGUACUAUAUGAAUCUUAAGGCAAGACUCUACAAGUGAAUAUGGUAUUUCAAAAAAAAAAAAGCAAGUUAAUUGAUUGCUGACACGCUUUCAAUUUAUUUAUUUAUUUUUAACAUUUUUUUACUUAAAAAAAAAAAGUAACACUAACACAAUGAAAAUCUCACAGACCUCUUAGGAUUCCCAGAACCCCAAUCUGAGAACCAUGGACUUCAACUACCAGCUUAUUAUUCAGCAGUUCACCAUUAAUAAUAUUUUUCCUUCUAGCAGAAUGCGGCUGAUUUCUCGACUCGGGUGUGGAUUAAUUUUCUAUAUAACAGCAGCUCUGGGCGCACGGUGGCUUAGUGGUUAGCACGUUCGCCUCACACCUUCUGGGUCCGGGCCAUGUGUGUGCGGAGUUUGCAUGUUCUCCCCGUGCUGCGGGGGUUUCCUCCGGGUACUCCGGUUUCCUCCCCCAGUCCAAAGACAUGCACGGUAGGCUGAUUGGCGUGUCUAAAGUGCCCGUAGUGUGUGAGUGUGUAUGUGAUUGUGCCCUGCGCUGGACUGGCACCCUGUCCUGGGUGUACCCCACCUUGUGCCCGAUGCUCCCUGGGAUAGGCUCCCUGGGAUAGGCUCCAGGUUCCCUGUGACCCUGAAAAGGAGUAAGCGGUAGAGGACGGAUGGAUGGAUGGAUGAACAGCUGCUCUGAGAGUAGUUCCGCCUGUAACGUAAAUCACAGGAUGUCAGAAGGCUUCCUGAUGGAGGUAUGUGUGGAUUCAGUUGAGUCCGCAAUAAACGCAGAAAGGGGAGGUGCUGGCCGUCUUGAGCUGUGCUCCAGUCUUAUUGAAGGUGGCAUCACACCCAGUGUUGGUCUGCUGCAGGUGGUCAAGGAGAAUGUGCAGAUCCCUGUGUACGUGAUGAUCCGACCUCGAGGAGGUGACUUCCUCUACUCUGAGCGGGAAGUGGAGGUGAUGAGGAGAGACAUAGAGCUGCUGAAGAGACACAGGGCUGAUGGUUUUGUGCUGGGGGCACUGACCGAGGACGGACGAGUCGACGCUGAGCUCUGCAUGGAGCUCCUGGCUACUUGUAGGCCUCUGCCAGUUACAUUUCAUAGAGCAUUCGAUAUGGUCCAUGAUCCAUCCGUUGCCGUAGAAACCCUGGUUUCCCUUGGCUUCGAGAGGAUUUUGACAAGCGGCUGUGACAGCUCGGCUUUGGAGGGUUUACCCGUCAUCAAACGCCUCGUGGAACAGGCAAAAGACAGAAUAAUUAUAAUGCCAGGUGGAGGCAUCACCGAGCGUAACCUGCAGAGGAUACUCGAAGGCUCUGGUGCCCAGGAGUUCCACUGCUCGGCACGUUCCGCUAAAGACUCAGCCAUGAAAUUCAGGAACUCCAGUGUGAGUAUGGGAGCCUCACUCACAGCUCCCGAGUAUUCGCUCAAGGUGGCCGAUGUGGGCAAAGUGCGCACUCUCAAUGCCAUUGCCAAGAACACUCUCUAGGGGCACUCAAAAGGGGCUGUGCUCUAUUUAGGAAGCAGGUCCUCCUUGAAGUGAAGCGAGUCCCCAUAUCUAUUGUACUAUUUGGAUUUCUUUAAAAAAAAAAAAAAUAAUUAAAGCUCUUUUUUUCAGUAAGUCAUCAAUGAGCUGAGUUUUGUCUCUCAGUUCUCUCCAGAGUAGCCAUUACUGAGCCAUGAUACUCCAAAAAUAGCCAACAAAAACCUUUAUUUUUUCAUUCUAUUAGACUAUUUUGAAACAGCAGGACCGAGUGCUCGCAGUGCCAUUUGUUAUUCUUGUUUCACUGAGGCUCAUUGAUCAAAUUUUUAGUCGGCCUAUCAGCAUGUGGCUGCUCGCUGAUGUUGUUAAGAUGUUGUUAUGGUCCAAAAUGGAAGUAAAUUAUUCUUUAAUUCAAUUUAGCCAUUUCUGUAAAAGCCAUCUCCACUGCCAACUUCUCAGUUUAUUCAGUCUUGCCAAUGUCAUGUCUUUUCUCAAAUUAAAGUACUUAAUCAUUACAAUAA